CAUUCUGUGCCUGACCGCCGUUCUAGAGGUACCAUUAUAAAAGACGCGUGCCGCUCCAAAACCGAUGGAGUUCGAUUCGAGACCGCAAAGGUUCUGUGUCCUGCCUGGCAGCCUCUGAAAAAUACCUACAUACAUAAUACUUCUGGAGCAAAAAAAAGUUGCAAGUGCUUACUCGUAGUGAUAUAACCAAGAAUAGUAGUGAUUUUAGUAAAGAAUUUUGACGAAAGUAAACCGUGAAAAAUGCAUUUAAUCGCCCUCUCCUUAAUAGUCUGCUGCUCUGUUUCGUUUAGCUGGGCCAACGAAUGGGGCUAUCCGGACUUGGACAACAACCAGGAUGAGCCAUUUCCAAAAUGGGGCGGUCUUUGCGAUAGCGGAAAGAAGCAAAGCCCCAUAAAUUUGCACGUCAAAGGCGCACUGAAGGGAGAGUUUGAUGCCCUGAAGUUCGAGAACUAUGACGAGCAUCAGAAGAAUCUGCGAAUGGUCAACAAUGGACAUUCAAUUCAACUAUCUGGCUUCGAUCACGAACUGACCCUGAGUGGUGGUGCCCUGCUGCAAGACUUUGUGGUGGAGCAGAUCCACAUGCAUUGGUGGUCGGAGCACACCAUCAACGACAUCCGGUAUCCGCUGGAAGUGCACAUCGUGCACCGGAAUACCAUAUACCCGAACAUGACAAUGGCGGCCAACUUUAAAGAUGGCAUUGUGGUCAUUGGAGUGCUGUACCAUGUGUCCAACACGCCCAACGAGGCCAUAGGUAGCAUCAUCAAGAGUUUGGGAGCCGUUAAGAGCUACGAUAGCAUGAACAAGCCCGUUCUGGUGGCGGAUUCCCUGGCAGUGGAUGACCUGGUGCCCAGUGUGGAGAACUACUUCACCUACGCCGGCUCCCUGACCACGCCCACCUGCGCCGAGGCCGUCACAUGGAUUGUGCUGACCGAGACCUUCCCCGUGACCCUGGACCAGGUCAAUGAGUUCAAGGAGAUCGAGUACGAUGAGGGCAAGCAGCUGCACAACAACUACAGGGAGCUGCAGAGCGAAAACAAUCGAGCUGUGGUCCUGGUCGAGCAACCUGAGCAGAGAUCGGGGUCAGCAGGACUCACUGCAUCCGUAUCCUUGGGCCUGAUGACCCUCAUCCUGGCGGGCCAGAAGUUCCUGCUUUAGAUUUGAGAUGGACAACUUGAAGGGAGCAGCCAAUGACAUACUCGUACCAAAGAAUCGUUUAAGACAACGAAUUUGUUUACCAACUAUUUUAACAAUUUAACAAAAACAAAACGGAGACACAGGAGAGCAACGUCAGACCAGACAAUUUAUACUCAUUAAUUGUAAUGCAGAACAGAACAAGAAUUCAGCUAGUCAGUUUGUGUAAAGUUCAUUAAGUGCAAAGAUCACAGAUAAUAAAUGAAACAUUUUACAAGCAUUCGUCUCAUUCGGAUUGAUGGUUAAACGGGGCGUAUGAGCAACAUGAAAGUGACCGCUUAUUUCCGUUUAAAGUUCACACUAACACCAUUGACCAAUAUUGCUUUAUGGCCAAGUGCCAAAAAUAGACGAUGAACCAUUCUUCUGCAUAUUUUGUCACAAGACCCCAGGUUAGAAUCGGCAUUUUUAUAGCUCGUGGUCAGUGUGAUUCCUUGAAAGGGGACUCAUGCCGAGUGUAGUGCCCCUCAUAAACGGGAAUAGAGUAUUUAUCACCGCAUUGUAUUCAGAAAUCACUGAUAACUGCAAAGCGUCGACUGACCAAUUGCGCUGCCUGAUAACGCUAAUUGAUAUUGGAUGGACUCUAAAUAAAUCAACUACACUAACAGCGGGCCAUGCAAUUUGAUUUCGCUUAUUGCCGGCCACACUUCAUCAUGAUUGUUCGUUGCGAAAUGACACUGCGAUUGGAGCGAGUGUCCAGUGGAUAAGUUUAUUGAUGGGACGGCUAAUUAUACACAUGGUCUCAACUGUAUCUUAUCUGCUGCAGAUACAAGCACGGCGAAGAGUCCAAAAUAAUCUAAAGUCCAAUAAGCCGAUUGAUAACUCAAAAUAAAAUUAGGGCUUAAUGUUAAGCUGGGCUUCCUGAUCAAAUUGAACACG